AUGGCAGUGGCUAUUUACCCAACUAACGAGAUGGUACAGCAUCCUAUGACAGUUCAAUGCUCGGAUAUCCGAAGAUGGCAAUGGCAGCGCGAAAUCGCCGUACUCUCACGAGCGCCUAGCGAACAGGGUAAUUGGCCAGACACCGCCAGACCGAAUGUGCUGUCAGGCUCCAACAGCUUCUUGCCCGAGAUGAGCUUGAGCGACGAUCUCGCACGAGAGCCGGCAUGGUCUGAGGCUUCGUUCGGCGGCGAUGAGUCUGCCGCGACAACCCCCAAGGCUAUCGAAACCCUACUUCAGAACAACAGGGACUACUUCUCGUCCUUCGAUCCCACCAACGAUAGUCGCUUGGCCAGGCCGAUCAAGAAGUCCUCACUGAAGCAGACGAGAUUCGAAUGGUCACCAGCGCGCACCGAUACGACCCAAGAAGAGCGGAAGCAUGAAUGGAAAGAGUCGAAGGCGUCGCCUCGAUCCAACUAUCUCCUUGAGCCGGUUGAGGGACAACGGCCAAAUUCGUCGGCACUGCCUCAAUCGCAGCCAGAAAACGCGCAGCCGGUCAGCUACUCAACGCAAGCUCCCGGGUCGUAUGACGAGCCUAGGCCAAUGUUCCCUGCCCCUGUGCGAAAUUCAACUCCACCGCCUCAGCGCCUCCCGGAGCCGCAACCUCAGUUCAGUGUUCCAGCUAGGCUCUCGACGCCGCCACCUUCCCGUGAUCGUCAUGAUUCGAAUUCAUCGUUGCGCUUCUCCUUACCGCCGUCUCGGGAGCAACUGAUCCCAUUUACUCCUCUAAAAUGUAUCAUAUCUGGUCGAAGCAGCAUUGCUUCGCUUGGUAGCUUAGAGGGUUUCAAAGUAAAUAGGCGCCGUAAGAUCUUAGAUGAGGAGGGUGAGGUGAUUGGUGAGCUUGUAGAUGGAGACAUCAUGGAUUGCGUCCGCCAACAAGUCAAUGCCUACGGCGAAGUGCUCGACGAUCAUGGCAGAGUGGUCGGUCGGGUACAGACAUUGGGGCAGUCGAUGGAGUCGCCGAUUAUGCGUGUCAUUACACCAGCACCGAUGCAGCAUCAGCAACGGUACCCUGCCCCAAAAGCACUGCAGAGCACUCAACAGACACCACUAUCACCCGCAACACAAAGGCAGCCUCGUCGGCAGUACGGUGCUUCCCAGCCCGAUGUCUUCACACCGGCAUGGCAGCGUCAGUCACACAACAACCACUCGAGCCUGGCUCGAGAAUUGCGCGAUCAUCUGAACUCCGCACCGCCUCCCAAUAGCCAAGCACCGCUGGAUGUUACGGGCAGUGUCACAGCGGUUGAACUUGAUGGCAGUGAUCGACGGAGCGAAGAGGAGGAAACGCUGCCUCUCUUCGAUCACAGUGACAUCUUUAUGCCGACGCCAGUUGUGCCACCAAGGUCGCCCAGGCGAUCCAAGACGCCAUCGCCACCUGCUGACGAGGGUCGACGGACGAGUCAUCAACCUCAGUCGACUGCUCGGAGCCAGUUUCUCUCUCCAACGGAAGCUGCUGAAUCGAGCCUGGAGACGCAACAGCAAAAACAGUCGAGACAUAAAUCUGCACCACUUGGAAAUCGUUACCGGCUUCCGCAAGCACAACCGGCACAACAGUCCGUCACAUCCUGGGCCGCAGCUGCUUUAAUCGAGCAGCCCAACGAGCCUCAAGAGCCAAAGUUGCUAUCGGUCCGCACAUGGACAGAGUCCGCAGGUACUCAUACCCGAGCUCAAGCACCAGAGGAGCCUACAUACAGUCGGGGCCAUGCCCCUGCGGAGCCCACGUACAAACAGACGCCAAUACCUUCUACUCUGUAUAGAGAAAGCCCAGCAAUCACACAAACGGCAUCCCAGGACUUCGCGUCUGUUUCUAGAUACAGCAGAGAUUCGGCGCGCGUAGCAGGGCACGAUCGCGCGCCAGCGCAAGCGAAGGGAACCUCCCAACCCAAGAGCCAAUACUACCUGCUAGCAGCAAGAGAUAGCCGCGCCCAAGAGCCACUGGAGAACACGUACGAACAGGCUCAAGCAUUUUCGCAGCUAGACAGCCAGGAAUCUGCACCUGCAUCCAGAUACAAUCAACCCCAGGAGGCGUCGUACCACCGAGCUAAAGCACCAGUGGAGUCUGCUUACAGCCAAUGCGCUGCGCCCGCGCAGACAGAAACUCUGGACUUCGCAUCUGCAAGCAGAUAUAAGCGCGAACACAAGCCCACCGUCACAUCUGACCACGUCCCAGCUCAAGUUUUUGCUAUACCACCUGCUGUUGGUCCUGCUCUCGGCCAGGCCUUUAGUGCUGCAUCAGCGCCACAAGUUCAUGUACAGCAAAUGCAGCAGCAGCAAACGGUCGUCGUCCAGCAGCAGGAGGAACCGGGGCAGUCGCGCCGCGGUUUCCUUCGUUUCCCAAUCGACAGCAGCAUGAGCGAUGUGUCGAAGUCGUAUCUCAGACCUACCAUGAGUCCGGUUUCAGAGACAAGCAAUUUUGUGGAGGAACAGGAUAGUUGGAGAAGUCCAGCGUUCGGCUACAAAGGCGAUAUCCCAACCACUGAAGGCCCACUCUCCAACGCCAGACUUGCUCCAAACCGAGCCAACGGGGUCAAGUCUCCGCCCCUCCCAAGCUUUCCCCGUCAAGCAUUCAACGGCGGUCUGCCCAGCGCGAGCCCCUUCACACCAAGGAACUCUGCGCAGUUCUCAUCCGCCGGCGUUUUAGGCCCUCGCAGCAACUUGGCUCCUCGCCAGUUUACGACAGGCGUACCGGGUCCGAGACCGAUCCCUCAAUUUCAGAGCAAGAACUUAUACAAUGCCCCGCCCAAGUGCUGCCCGCUGAGCAGCCACGGUAGUUAUCUCUCCACCAUCACUGCCUCUGAUGCGGGCACUGCUGACGAAAAUACAGAGAUUAAACCGCCUGACAGCGAUACCGGCUCCAAUGACGCCGAGAAUAGUGCAGGCGAAAAUCGUGUGGGGAUUGCUAACGGUAUGCACUCCCAUCAGCGGAGUCUGAGGAGUAUGGGGAGCAUGCAGUCCACCGCCAGCAAGCCGAGGACGUACUUUACGCACCGUGGGAGGGCGAGGGUUGAUGCCCACGGGCCUCUGCGCGCGCAACAGGCUGCGCCUGAAAAGCAGCCGGUAAAAGAGCCGGCGCCGUCCGUCAUGUCGAAGAACGAGAAGAAGGGUAGGUUUAGCAUUGGAUUCGGGAAGAAGAAGUAG